ACUAUGGUGCUACCGGUACGGAUCGGGAAGUGACACAUACAACGGAUGAAAACGGAACACAUUAAAGCUAACGAGGGACAGCUAGCAUGUCGGGGGAAUAACUACUUUGGUCGCAGGCCUAACCUCAAGCAGUCUUCUAAUUAUUUGAAAAACCUGAGAAAGAAAUGUAAAGAUAAUUGCUUUCGGCCAAGAGUAAAUGUGGCUUACAAGUUCCAGUACACGUUGGUCCACAUCAGAUUUGAUCUAGCCUGCUAGCUCGUGAGCUAUGGCGGACAGCUUUGGAGAGGAGUACAGCGGUAGUGCCAAUGGUUUAGGAGUUCCCGGACCGGGUAGCGGAGCCUUAACGCUACCGACUUUGGCCAGCUCUUUGCCGGGGGGGCACCAUGUAGCUAGCAGUGCUCACCCUAGCCCCAACUCGCCCUCUCCCUCUAUUACUACAGCUGCUCUGGAUGGCCUGACCGCUGUGGCGUCCACUGUUGCCUCUUCUGCCACCGGAUUUGGGAACACAUUCACCUCCGACCCCUCGUCACCUGUCGUGGCAGUGUCUCCGAUCGUACACACGUCCUCGCCCCUGCCAAGUGUUGGCCUAGGGGUGGCGGGGAUGGCAGGUGGGGGCCUUCUGUCCCAAAUCCACGCCACUUCCUGGGACCCAACUCUUAGUGCAGAUUGGGACAACGAGAAGGCAUCCCAGCAAUGCAUUUUGAGGAUAAAGAGGGACAUUAUGUCAAUUUACAAGGAACCCCCCCCUGGGAUGUUUGUAGUUCCAGAUCCUCAAGACAUGACAAAGAUCCAUGCUCUGAUCACAGGACCGUUUGACACACCAUAUGAGGGUGGCUUCUUCCUGUUUUUGUUCCGCUGUCCCCCAGAUUAUCCCAUCCAUCCUCCUCGGGUAAAGCUCAUCACAACAGGACAAAAUACUGUCCGUUUCAACCCCAACUUCUACCGCAAUGGGAAGGUGUGCCUCAGCAUCCUGGGGACAUGGACAGGCCCAGCAUGGAGUCCAGCACAGAGUAUAUCAUCAGUCCUCAUAUCCAUUCAGUCCCUAAUGACGGAAAAUCCGUAUCACAAUGAGCCUGGCUUCGAGCAGGAGCGCCACCCAGGGGACAGUAACAAUUACAAUGAGUGCAUCCGCCAUGAAACUAUGAGGGUGGCAGUAUGUGACAUGCUGGAAGGCAAAGUUUCCUGUCCUGAAGCUCUGACUAGUGUGAUGGAGAAGUCCUUCCUUGAAUAUUUUGAUUUCUAUGAGGGAGUCUGCAAAGAGAGGCUGCAUCUGCAGGGUCAGAACAUGCAGGACCCAUUUGGUGAGAAACGUGGUUGUUUCGAUUACCAGAGCCUACUAGCUCGCCUCAGUGCAACUCACCGACGAAUACGGGAAAAAAGCUUGGCAGAGGAUAACCAAAAUGACAACAACUCGGACUCGGAUACCAGUUCUUCUGAAACAGACCUUGACAGCCAAGGCAGUUCUCAGCCCUGACUCCGUGGUGCUGGUCUUGACGUGGUCAGAACUUUAGUUCUUUACUUUUGCUUCUUUUUCUUUUUAACUCAUUGAUUUCUGUAUAGAAACAUGAUGUGUUAUACUGGGAUGUCAAUGUUCAUGGCUUCACCAGCUAAUUCAGGGUUUAUAACUGAAAUGAUACUCCUACUGUGUGCUGACAGAAAGAUGGAGACAUAUUUUAGCUUUUUUCAUUCUUUGCAGCUAAUAGGAUACCUUUAUGUUUAUAGCAUGUUUUACUUGGAAUUUCUUUUUACAAAAGACUGUAAAACCCAACUUUAAAUUAGUUCCCCAAGGAAACAGGGAUGUCUUCGAGAAGAAAGUCGGUGUGCUUAAACAGGUUUGAGCUAGAUAAAUUAUAGCGCAUCAUGCAAAAACUCCAUUGUUGCUUAAAUAACCUGGAGAAAAAGUUGGGAUGUCCUUCAUGGCAGCCUUGUUUUGUUUUUAGAUGUCAGGAAGACCUUGUUAACAGAGGAAGACUAAGAGAGAGUAGCUGUUCUAAAGAUAUUGGCUAAUUAAGUGAUGUAUCUUGUCUUCUCUGGAUAUGUGAACAUUUGUCUGGCCAGCCAGGAAGCAGAAAAACACAUCUCGUUUUGUAAGAACAUGUGCUCUAGUGUAUUAAAAAAUUAUGCUCUGAUUCUUUUCAGAUUUUUGGCAUUGACACUGUUGAUAAUAAAUCAGAAAUGACAGAUUGGGAGACAAGGAAUGAA